AUGAGUUCUCAAAAUUCAUCAAGAUUAAUAGAAGAACAAAUAUCAGAACAAGGAUCAGAAAGUAACAAUGACACCACUACUGCUUCUACUAUUAUGAAUAGUAAUGAUGAGGAUAACCAUAAUAAUUCAGUUGAAUUUUUUCCUAAAAAAAAGGAUGAUAAAUUAUCAUCGUCAGCAACAAAAAUAUCAAAGGACAAAAUUGAUAAUUCACCACAAACUUCAACAUCAGCAUCAAAUAAUGAAACAAUAACCUCUGUGUCAAAAAAUAAAUGUUAUGGAGUUUUAAAUGAUAUGUUUAAAAUAAAUCUUGUUCCAAAUCUAUCAUUAAAAUCUUCUUCCAGUAACACUGCUACCACAUACACUCAUCGACUUUCAUAUAACACUAGAAAUGAUGCUUAUUAUGAAAAUGGAAAUUUGGAUGAUAUUUACAUAAGGGGGUGGGAACGUGGUGCUUUUAAAGCUGUUAAUAUGGUAUAUUUAGCAAGAGGUAUUAUAGAUUAUAAUGAAAAGUCGGCAAAUAUUAUAUGGAAGUUUGAUUAUAGACCUAGUAAAUUGGUAAUCAAUUCAAUAUCACUAAAAUUACGAUUUUCAACUUUUGAUGAAACAGCAUCAGUAAAAUGGAUGAUUCAAUUGACACCAACUAGAUCUAAUCCAAAUACAGAUUGGAUCUUAUUGGAUUAUAGUGACAAUACCAAUAAUAAUAUAUAUUGGGAAAGAAAUGAUAAUGAUGGACGUAAAGAUUUAACUGCUGUUUUUAAUCUUGCCUUAUUAUCAGGUGGUACAACUCAUUAUUGUUGGCAAAAAACACAAUUAUUUAGACAAGCAUUGACUAGUCCUAAUAAAGAUGAUCCCAAUAGUAGGAAUGGAAUGGCAGACGAUGAUGAAAGUUUUGGGUUGGAUGUUAAAGUAGAAUUGAAGCCGCAAUUUAUUUGUGAAUUACCUUUAAAUAAUAACAAUAAUACAAUACCUUCUUAUUCCUCCCCUUUGCAGAAUAAUACUUCACAAAUCAAAAAACCAUUUAUACUUGAUGAUUUAUCAGAUAGUGAUUUUACAAUUAUUCUUGAUAAUGAUUAUGAUGGGAAUUCAAAUACUGCUACUACUUUAGAUGAUAUGGCUAUUUCAAGCAGUAUGACCACUUCAAUAGAUUCAAAUGCUGCCACUAUUUCAACAUCACCGUCAACAUCACCAUCCACAUCAAAUGAACCAUCAAAAAAAAAAUCAUUUCAUGUCCAUUCAAAAAUUUUGACUGACAAUUCAGAAUACUUUAACGCAUUAAUCCAUUCACCAAUGAUUGAAUCGCAAAACCAUACACUUUUAUUGAAAGAUACUUCCUAUCAAACUAUGAAGACUAUACUUGAAUUUUUAUAUACGGGUGAACUAUCGUCAAUUAAUAAAGAUGAUGGUAAAGAUGAUAAAGCAACAACUGUACCAACAAGUGGAGUAGAACAAUGGAUUGAUUUGCUAUAUGUAGCAACAAGAUUUUUAAUCAAACCAUUAAUUCAACGAUGUGAAAAAGAACUUGGAAAAUUUGUUAAUAUGGACAAUGCUAAUGAAUUUGAACUAAUUGCUAAUGAAUGUGGUGCAGAUCAAUUAUUAACAUAUUGUAAGACACUUGAUUUCAAAUCACCAAAUUAUGGUGAUGAUGAUGAUUAUCUUUAUGCUACUUCUACUAGUAGUGGUGAUGAAACAAUAUAUGAUACAGAAUAUGAUGAUGCUAAUCAUAAUGAUGUUGAGGAUGAGGAGUUUGUUGCUUAUCCUGAACACAAUAAUUCAAACAAUGAUUUUAAUCCUAACCUUAACCAAAAUAUUUUUCCUAUCAAUGAUAAUGAUGCAACCAAAAUUGACUUUGAACAAAAAAGUAGAUGUGAACCUCUCAGUAAUGAAUCUUCGAUUUUUGCCUCUUAUAAUUUGAGUAAAAAUGGUUCUACAACUUCAAAUGAUGAUAAUAAUGCUCAACAUGAUAAAAAUAAAGUAACAUUUGAUCUUGAAAAAGGAUGUGAAGAUAUUGUUAAAAACGAUAAGCUCGAUCAUGUAACCGUCGUGGAUAAUGAAUUGUUAAAUUUCUCCGAAGAUAAAGUAACAAAAGUGAAAAGUAAUGAUGAUCAACAAUUUGGUGACAACAAUGAUUCUUCUAAUUCUACAAAAAGUAAUUUAAUAGAACCAACUACAAUCAAUUCUCAAACUGAUGAUCAGUCAACUAAUAAAAACAAUCCUAAAAAAUCUAAAAAACGAAAUAAAAAAAGGGACAAACAAAAAAUCGAAAAUUCUACUUUAUUGUUGUCUCUAAACGAUACUUCAAACAUCCAAACAUUUGAAACAGACGACAACAAUCAGCAUGAAAAUAAUAUUUAUCAAUUAGACUCUGCGUCUACUAGCCAGGUUUCCACCGUUAACGAUGAAUAUAUUGAAGUUAAGUUUCAUGUUCAUUUGCCGCAAUCUGUUAAAGGUAAAGGCGAUAUAUGUGUUGUCGGUAGCAUUAAGGAGUUAGGUGAAUGGAUAGAGCCUGUUGUAAAACUUUGCCAACAAAGCUCUAAAUUUUCGAAAAACAAAUCUAUUUAUUGGUUUUCAAAUAUCGUCAAAAUCCCACUUCAAGUUAUUGAAACAAACCACAAAAUAACUUAUAAAUAUGCAAUAUUUUUAAACAGUAAGCAACGAAAAGCAUUAAAAAAUGAUAUUAUUUUCGAAGGUUUUGAUGGAAAAUACGAACGUUUACUGGAAACAAGUCACAGAAAUCACUAUGAUAUAUGGAAAGAUAACGAUGAUUUUAAAAUAUCGUUUGAAAUUAAUAAUUAUGAAUUUGUGAAUAUCAUUUACAAUACUUUAGAUGCUAAUAAUUUAAAUGACAAAUUAUUUGAAUUUGAUACUAUAUUUCAAAAGCACAAAGAAUUAGUAAUUGAAGCCGCUGGUAUUCAUUUUAUUGAAGAAAAAAUUAGAAACAAUAAAUUUAAUGAACAAAAAUUUUUUUUAAUUUUUUUAUUGGGGAUCCAUGGAAAAAAUAAUUCUAAAAUUUUUCAAUAUUGUAAUUUUAAACCUCAUAAUUUACUCGAUUCUAUUAAUCAAAUUAAAGAAAGCACUUUUCCAUCACAAUUUUGUCAAAUUGCACUAAAAGGCAUUAUAGAUUUAGUAUAUCACAUUGGAAAGCAGAAUUCAUUGGAUUGGUUAAAUAUUUUUUCAGUCGCAAAUAUUUUGGAUAAAGAAUAUUCUUUCCUUGAUUCUUUCUCUGAUAUCAAUUAUGAUAAUAACACGAUGAAAGGAUUCUUUGAAGCUUUGCCGUCGUUAGUUAAACCAUACAUUGAUGAUGGUCUUGAUAUAAAUAUCUAUACAAAAAUUGCAAAAGUAGUAAGAAUGUGGAGCGAAGUUAUUGUUCAUUCUUCAGAACUGGAUGAAAAACUUCAAGAAUGUAUGGUUAAUCGUAUUGAUCGCAUCAUCAGUAAUAAUAUCUCUUUACAAGAUCCCAUAACUUUACUUCGUCAUUAUUUAUAUAUUCCUAUUUAUAUCAGACAUAACAUGAAAAAAACGUUUAGAACUAAAAUAUUGGAUUGUUUUAGGUUAAGUCAACAUAAACAUAAUUGGAAAGAUGAGCAAGUUACAGCAAUUCUUGAUCUUAUUCUCAAACAUGAAUUCGAUUGGCCAAAACAAGAUUUUGUAUCUUUAGUAAAAUAUGUACGGACGGUAGCCAAUAUCAAAAUUUUGUUAAACUUUCCUAUCUUGUUGGAUAAAUUUUUUGAAAAAUACGAUCUCGAGAAAAACGAACAACAAAAGAUUUUAGAAGCUUGUGUUACUUGGUUUAAUGUCCUUUGUGACCAAAUAUCUAAUAAAAUAGUUUCAGAAAAUGAAGAUGGAUAUGUUUAUCAAAUUUUCGACAAAUUGUCAUCCACACAUGAUGCGCUUGGUAAAAGAGAAUUAUUUUGGAAUGAAAUCCUAGAGGCCGGUAUAAAUCGUAUCAAAAAAUCUCAAGAACAAUAUAUUUUAAAAGCAACUUGCCAAGUAAUUGAUUUUCCUGCACUUAAAAACCGAUUUUAUGAAUUGAUUAAAGAAUUAUUUAACACUUCCAACGUUACUAUUGACAAUAAUUUAAUAACCAAAGUCAAAAUUAUUUGCAACUGUACAUCUUCAAAUUUAGAUAUUCCAAAUGAAUUGUGCGAAACAAUUAUUUAUCACAUUGUAUCAUGUUUAUCCGUCGACGCUGGUGAUUCAUAUUAUGAUUUAAUUGAUCAAGCGGAAUUUUGGAAACUAAUUUUCGAUGCACAGAAUAAUACUGAAAUACUUUUCACACACAAGUAUAUUCAGAUUGUCUCAAAAAAAAUCUUAAAAUUAUCAGAUUUAAUUUUACAGAAAAGGAUUGAUGUCAGUUUUCUUCAAGGUCUUUUAAAAUACGAUGACGAAUUACUUUAUUCGUUUUUUAAAGCUUCUAACAUUAAAAAGGACACAUCUUUGCUAAUAGUUUCAAAAGAUGUUUUAGUUGAAGCUCGUAGACACUGUAAAGAUUAUGAGCAAAAACUUGAAUACCUUUAUGCAUUUUAUGUUAGAUUUUGCCCUAGUGAAAAAGUCGACAUAUCAUCGUUCCUUGACGAUAUUAAAGAUCGUAGAAACAUGUUGGAUAAAAUCACAUAUGAAGAAUCAAAAAAUUCUGAUCAUUGGGAUAAGCAUGAUAAAAUAUUUGGAAUGGCAAUUAAAAUUUAUAAUUUUCGCAAAUCACAAGUUUUUUAUAAUAUGUUUGAAGAGAUUAUUUCCAAAAUAAAUGUGAAGAUUUCAUUAGAAUAUUUGGUUCAAAGUUUGAUUCCAAAAGUUUUCGAACGAUUUAAUGCUCUUUCUGAGGAAUAUGUAAAUUGGAAAUCAUCCAGUUUUUCAACAAAUGCUUGUAUUUGGAAAAAUGUUGCUAAUAUUGAUGACGAGUUAAAUUUAUUUACAACCAUUGAAAAAGAUACCAGGUUUUUGAGAACAUUAAAGUUUCUUUCAAUGAUCGAACAAUGGAUCGGAAAAUUGAAUCAAUUAUCUCAAGUUACUGGCUUUUUUAAUAUUCCUCGUGAGAAAAACGAUUGGCUUGAAGAAGAUUUACUCUAUACGUUAAAUGAUCAGAACUUAACUUUAGGAAAACUUAGCGAUUGCACUUCUAUUAUAGAAUUGCGUUUUUCAAGAUUCGAUGACAGUUGGGCAUUAAUUAAAGAGUUAUCAGUUUCUGGAGAAUUUAUUAAAUUUCUUCAAAGUAUUGCUGGUCAUGACAUUAAUCAUCUUAUAAACAGUGUUGAUGAUCAUUCGGAUGAAAGACUCAUUCAAGAGGAUACCGUGUCAUCACUCAUGCAAGUCAAACAAUCCUUACUUCCAUUGAUGAACGAAGCCGAGAAUUCAAAUCUAGAUGCUUUUAUUUCAGAUAUUCGAAGUGUAACUGAUGCUGAUUCAAACUUUUCUCUUCCAGGAAAAAUUAUUUUAUGCAACAGCCAUUUUUUUGCUUUGCAAAAUCUUUAUUUAAAUAUAUCUAAAAAAGAAGAAGUUACAAAAGACAAAAUUAUAAAUGCUGUUGAAAUUGGCGUAUACAAAUUUAGAAAAGAAGUAAAGGACAAAAAAUGUUCAGUAGUAUUGACUUAUUCAUCCAAGAAAACAAAGACCACUACAACUUUAGACUUUAAUGCGUUACAUGAUUUGCGUGGAAGAGCAUUAUUAAUAGCCAAACCUGCAUCUAUUAACGCAGAUUUUAACAAUAAUAUUGUAGAAAAGCAAAAGAAAUCGAUGGAUGAGUUUGUAAAUCAAGUCGAUAUGGUUCAAGAAAUUAUUGAUCUAAUUUCCAAGUUAAUAGAAUCUGGUCACUUUAACUUUAAAUUUAUUACAUUUAAUCUUAAAGGGCGAAAAGAGAUUUCACAAAAAAUUUACUGUUUGAAAAAUAAUUUGCACGAUUGGGAGAAUAUGGUGAAUAUCACACAAAAAUCUCACUAUUAUAUGACAUUUUAUCCACCUCGUCAUAUUCUUACUUUUCAAACUUAUUUUACAAUCCGAAAUGCACCUUAUAUCAUCAAAAAAGAUUGUCAAACUCUUAUAAGAUUUGUCCAUCCAAAUGCUAAAUUACCAAAUGAUGGAUUACUAUCUAAAAAAGACGCUCAUCCAAAACUUUUGGGAGAAAUUGGAAAAAUACUGGAGGAAAUUUUUAGAGUUUUGCCAAGACAUAGUCGAAAUCUUAGCGUAUCAAACAAUCAAUUGGUGAUUUCAGAUGUAGUUGAAAAAGGCAAAUUAUUUGUGGCUGCAUGCAAUGAUAAGUCAAAAAUUCCAAAUAUUAUAAUGUCAUUAUAUGUUAAUCACAAAAAACGCCCCGAACCUUGGGAAGUUCUAGUCUGUACAAAGUCAACAACAGAAGGAGAGUUAUCAAUAUUUGUUAAAAGAUGUUUUUUAUCUGCGAAAAAUGGUUUUGAAGGACAUCUAUUUUGCAUAGCAAAUUUAGAAUUACUUGACUUUGAACUACAACAUGGGUUAGUAAAGAAAAUACAAGAUAUGGCUAAAAAAGAAACUGAUUUUUAUCUGGCUUUGAUUUGUUUUCAACAACCUGGAACACAUCACCAUAUAUUGGAAGAAUUUUCGGAAAAUGUCCAACCAACUAAUGGAUUAAAUACUGAAGCAAUGAAACACAUUUUUCAUAAUAUAUGCUGUGAUGUUAUAUGUGUCACAUCAAAUUUAUCUGGUCAAGGCAAAACCGAAUGGAUUAAACAGGAUAGUUUCAAGAAAAAUAGACGUAUACAGAGUUUUCUUAUUAGUGAUGAUGCCAAUUUUGAAAACCUUGUUGGAGAAUUAAAAGAAUGUCAUAUAAAGAAUUACACCGAUCUCCAUAUAAAUAUUAUUUCCGCAAAUCAUCCGGAAGAUGUUAAUAUGUUUUUAUUUCAAAUAUUAAUGUUUGGGUUUGUAUCCAACAGUAUAGAUAUAGUGCAGCUUCAGCGAACCAAUGUUUACAUUGAGAUAUCCUCCUCUGUAGAAAAUCACUUAUUAGAUCUUUUACCGUUUACAAGUUAUCUCAAAAGAGUACAUUUAGAUUGGGAUAUAAAAAAUUUUAUUGUAUCUAAAGAAAUACAUAGCCCAAUUCAAAUUGUGUGUCAUUAUUUAAAUUCAUUGGAUUUAGAAAAACUUGAUUCUACCGAGAUAUCUUUCAGAGGACCUAACUCUAUAAAUCGACCAUUAAAUGAUGAAAUAUGUCGAAAUCUUUUGGAAAAGUAUUUCUUUGAAAGAAGUGCUCCAGAAGUUAUUUCGUAUCGUUUUCUUGAGAUUUUUACAAAUGUAUUGGCAGAUCAAUUAAUAAGGCUUUCAUCAAGUUCCUUUUUUAAAGUAGAAAAUUUAAAUUUAAUGGUAGAAGAAAAAAAUAUCAGAACAACAUUGUUAAAUACGUUGAUGGAUGUUUCUAAAGAUUUUUCCAUUAAAUCUUUUAAAACAAAAUCUGCACAAAGUAAAGCGAUCUCAAAAGAUGUUGAAAACUCAAAGUUAGAGGACAUUAUUCGUUGGGAUGAUUCAAAUCAUUUAUUAGUAUUUUUUUUAUCCCAAGUUCCCGAUUCAAUUUAUGCUUUGUAUCGAGAUAAAACAAAAGUCCCUGAUAAUGUUAGGGUAUUAUUGAAAAGUCAGAAUGUAGGGCAGGAUCGAUGGCAACUAGAUGAUUAUCACAAAUCAUCACCAGAAGAUUUAUUAGAAGUACUGGAAAAAUUAGCACGUAGAACCACACAUAAUAUUGAUUAUCCGUUGUAUGCAUUGUCGACUGAUAACUUGUUAAAAAUGGCAAUGAUUUUAUUAAGAACUCGUGCUAAUAUACCCGUAGUAAUUUGUGGAGAAGCCGGAUGUGGAAAGACCAGUUUGAUUAGUUUUUUGGCCAAGAUAGUGGAAGCAGAAUUUAUGACUUUAAAUCUUCACGCUGGUAUUCAAGAACAGGACAUAAUCAAUUUUAUGACAAAUGCCAAGGCAUGCGUGAAUAAAGGCGAAGUUUGGUUAUUCUUUGAUGAAAUUAAUACUUGUAAUCAUAUUGGAUUACUUGCUGAUCUUAUUGCCCACAGAUUAAUUAAAGGAAUAGAAAUACAUCCAAAAAUUCGACUUUUUGCAGCAUGUAAUCCUUAUCGUAUACGUACCAGAAGUAUUAGUCAGGUCGGAUUAGAAGUUAAGAAUAGAAUAUACAACGAACAAAGUGACCUUGUUUAUCAAGUAAAACCAAUUCCUGAUCAAAUUUUAGAUUAUGUUUGGGAUUAUGGUGUACUAGAAUCAAAUGAUGAAAAAAAAUAUAUUGAAAUUAUGGUAAAAAAUCAAUUAAAUACGAAAAAGAAAGAUCUUUUUGCCAAACUAUUGUUUGAAUCUCAAAAAUUCAUAAGAGAAAUCGAAGAACCUUAUAGUGUGAGUUUACGAGAUGUUAAGCGUGCAAUUAAAUUGGUAAAAUUUUUUGAGGAAAGCCUUAAAGAUCGUCCGCCAAUUAAAGCAGAUGCGCAAAAAUAUCCAAGAAAUACUGGUUCCAUCGAUAUUACAGUUCGAUCAUAUGUAUUAUCAUUGGCACUUUCUUAUCAAGCGAGGAUUGCGCGGAAAGAUUUACGUGAACAAUUUAGAAAAAAAUUGUGCGAAAUCUUCCAAUUUAUCAGUGAAAAACAAUUCAUUAAUAUAAUAAGGGAGGAACAAGAAGAUUAUAUCAAUAGAAUGAUCCUCCCUCCAAAUACUGCAAAAAAUGAGGCACUCUUGGAAAACGUAUUAGUCAUGAUUGUAUGCAUUUUAACUAAAAUACCUGUAUUUAUUAUCGGAUCUCCAGGAUCUUCAAAGUCUUUGGCUAUUCGACUUGUUAGUCAAAGUUUGCGUGGAUCAGACUCAAAUGAUCAAUAUUUCAGACGAUUGCCACAGAUAUAUAUAAUUCCACAUCAAGGAUCAUCAUCUUCAACAUCUGAUGGCAUUUUAAAUGUUUUUGAAAAGGCACAAAAUUUUCAGAAUACAAGUUCUGAAGAGUUCCCUGUAAUUAGUGUAGUGUUACUUGAUGAAGUUGGGUUGGCAGAGACUUCGAGUGAAAACCCAUUGAAGGUUUUACAUUCACUGCUUGAACCAAGUUAUCCUGCAGAAUCUCCAACGGUUUCUGUAAUAGGUAUUUCCAACUGGAGAUUAGAUAAUAGUAAAAGUAGUAGGGCAUUAUUAGUUCAAAGGCCCAAGUUUGAACUUAAAGAUUUGGUUGAUAUUUCAACCAGUUUAUUGACUGACAAAAUCCAUAAUGUUUCUCAAGAGGCGCUUCAACCACUUGCAGAAGCUUACUCUAAAUAUGAAAAAGAACAAGAACUUUCAAACUUUCAUGGACUUCGUGAUUAUUAUUCGCUAGUUAAAAGCCUUUCAUUAAAGGAAUUAACACCCGACAACAUUCAAAUGGCAUUAGCUCGCAAUUUUGGUGGUACAGAAUAUAAUGAUAACAUAUGUAAAAAGUACUUUAAAGGUAUAAUUGAAGCAUUUAACUCUCACCACAAAUGGAAUUAUAAGCCAAUUCCUGUUUCUAAGCUGAUAGAUGCAAACAUUAACGAAGACGGUGCAAGACAUCUAAUGCUAAUAGGAAAAAGUGAUUCACUAAUAAAUAUAAUCACAUAUAAACUCAGAGAAAAGAAAUUAGACCCUGUUGUGAUUCUAGGGUCUCAUUUCCCUGAAGACAAUCAAGAUUAUUCAUACAGUAUUUUAAAUAAAAUAAUGAUGUGUGUAGAAGCAGGAAAGCCUUUAAUUCUAACUGAUUUGGAGAUAAUUUAUGGGAGUCUUUAUGACCUAUGGAACCAAAAUUAUAUUGUCGUUGGAAGUAAAGAUGAUCCAAAAUAUUAUACUAGAGUUGCAUUGGGUGCCUUUUCAAACCCCAUGCUUCAUGUUCACAAGGAUUUUAGAUGUAUUCUUAUUAUGAGUCAAAAAAAAUUAGAAGAAGCCGAUCCUCCACUUCUUAACCGAUUUGAAAAACAAAAAAUAACUUUAAUUGACAUCUUAACUAAUGAAAACUUACAAUUAGUAAAAGUACUGAAAACUUGGGUGGAAAAAUUUUCAAAAAUAACUGAUACAGUCUACUCAAAUGAUAAAUUCACAGAAUGUGAUUUAUUUAUUGGUUACAAUGAAGAUGAGACGCUACAAAGUUUAGUCAUAGAUGUAAAGAAAAACAAUCCAAAUCUAAAUGAUGAUGAAAUUCUUGAAUUAUGUAAAGGAUCGUUAAUAGAAAUUGCAACCUCUGAUGGUAUUAUUCGAGCAGAAAAAUCAGGCUUAAGCCAGAAAGAAGUUAAUUAUUGGAAGAAUGUUUAUUUGAAAUUACAAUUUCAUGAUAAUAUUGUUGACUACAUAAAAAAUUAUUUAUUAGACGCAUCUAGUUCCGAUGAACAAAUUGGAGAAUGUAUUAUAGUUAAUACAUUUUCAAAUAUUAAUACAGAUUUAAAAUCUCACCUUCGAGAAUUAGUUGACUGUUUUAUUUUUAAACUUUCAGAAUUCAAAACUGAAUCAUCCUAUCAAAAUAGGAUAAAAGACUUUUGGUUUAAUUCAGAGAGUAAAAUACUUAUACUACAAUGUGAUGUUGCAAUAGUUGAUGAAGGAUGUAUAAAACUUGCAAAAUUUAUUAUUGAACAAUAUCAAGCUGAAUACUUUUCAAACAAAGAUCAAAAUAAGAUUAAACAUGUCUUUAUUAUUCUUCAUAUUUAUCGUGAUUCUAACGCUUCAGUAACUACAUUCAAUUUCAUGUGCGGGUGGAAGCAAGUUACAAUAGAAAGCCUUGUUCCACAAGAAAAACCAUUAUCCAUUCUUUUAGAUGGAACUAUGUGUGAGAUUAUUAAUAAUGUUUGUUCGUUUGAAGAAAUUCUUAAACAAGAAUUAUUGUGGUGUUUACUAUGUAUGAAAUACCCGUCAAAUUCCAAAUCAGUUGAACAUAUAAGAUACCUUAACAGUAACAUUCAACAACAUCAAUAUUUUGUAAAAUAUUUAAAAGAUCUUACAAUGAAAUGGCUAGAAGAAAAUUCAACAACUAAUUGGCAAUAUUCUGUAGCAUCCAACAAAAAGUUGUUAUAUCCAUAUUCAUCAUUUUCAACUGCUUUACAAUAUCAUAUACAUUCAGUGGUACGUGAACCAAUUGCAAAAAUUUUAUGCAUGUUUGAGCGUUUAGCAGUAACCAAGACCUUUAUUACACAAUUUAAUGAAGAAAAUCAACAAUUUCAAGAAUUUAUUGACGAGAUGAUUAUGAAUAAAGACGUUAUAAAAAUCAAUGAAUUAGAAAAACCAGAACCUGAUCGUUAUAUAAUUCCAUCAGUUAUUUAUGAUCUUAAAUUUCCAUUUUCUUAUUAUUAUAUGAAACAAAUUGAUAGUUAUAAGAGUCAUUAUGAGCAAGAAAUUAAUAUAUAUAUGCAAGAGAAAGAGAAUAUUGAUCCUGAAACUGGAAUACUAUAUGAGCAUUUACAGAUUGAUUUUGACAAUAACUUUGCCAAAAAAUUAUUUGAAAUUGUUUCGAAUGGUCAGGAAUCACCUUUAAAGAGGGCUUCAGAUUUAUAUUUUCAAGAUUUUAUUAGUGUUAUUUGUGCUAAUGAAGCUAAAACAAAAGAAAGAAACCAAGAUAUAUUAAAACUUGUUUUUAAACGUCUUGUUGAACAAGGAAAAAUCUUUAAUCCAGUCAUAUAUCAUAUCAUUUGGUGGAGACAUUCAAAAUCUAUUCUUGCUGAAUUUCGCUUAGCUUCUAAUUAUAGUAAUAUAAACUCUAAUUUAAUCACACAAAGUCAUGACCAAUCAUCUCCAAAAUUUAGGCAGUUCAUUGUUAAAGAAGUUGCGUAUAUGAUGCUUAAAAAUUUUUUAGAAAUUAAAGAUGUGAACAAUAAUAUUUCAAAUUGGCAAACUAAAGUUUUCAAUAUACUUUCUCUUAGUACACAGAUAUUAAAUUCUUCUUCAGAACCUAUGCUAUUUAUACUUCAAACUUGUCAUGACCUACUUUCAACAGAAUCAAUUAUUAUUGAUAAAAUUAAACACAUCAUUAAGCGUAUUUUUAACUCUGAUAAUGAUAAUAAAGACAUUGAUAGAAAAGGACGGGACGAUUUCCUUGAGAAAGCCAUGGAAAUUUUAUAUAAUUUGGAUUACGAUGAAAAAACCUUAAUAGCAUGGCAUUCAAUUUUUAAAAAAUGUCUCGAGAUUUUGCCAAUAGAGUCGCCUGUUCGAAUAAAUUUGUAUGGAAAGCUAUUUUCAGAUGUACCUUUUCCAUUGAUGGGCACAAUUAUUAAACAAAUAUUUCAAAGCGAAGAAAAUAUUAAAAAUAAUAUUUUUUUUGAAUUAGUUAAUGAUCCAAGAAAUAUUUCUCCAAGAUUAGAUGUUAUUGACAAAUGCUUGAAAUCCCAACAGCCACACUCAAGAAUGUCUGCUUUAUGCUCUGAUAUAAUUCAAAAAACAUUUUUUUCACAGUAUGAUUUACAUGUUUUAUCAAUUAAUUUUCGUCAAGCAAUUGCGGUCUUGCAUAGUAAUUUUCGUAAGGAUAUUCAGCUAAUAUGUGCUAUAUCUUUACUUAAAGAAUUUGUGCAUAGGUUUUGGGACACUACUCUACAAGAAGAUCCUAUGAAACCAAUUUAUUUCGACUUAAUGGAAACAAAUAAUUUUAACCCAACAACUUUGAUAGAAGACAUCAAUGAAUCCAUGGGAUCGUUACAUCCAUUGAUUCAUUCGUUGAAGGUUUAUUUCUUACGGAACCUUCGUUUUCGAGAGUUUUCUAUGAGUGACAUAAAAAAAUUUUGUGAGAUGCAAAUUUACACUUUACCAUGGCUUGGUAGUAUAACAUGGGAUAAUCAGCAGCAAACCGGAUUAUCAUUUAAUCCGUUUUGGCCUAUUGAUGAUUAUGUAAAAUUAGAGAGAUAUUAUUCAACACUGUAUAGCUUUAAUAUGAAAUCACCUAUUAAAGAAUUCUUUGAUGAUUUAAAACAUCAUAAAAAUGUUUCAUAUCGUAUAGCUUUGAUAGGGAUUAUUUUUGUUCAUUUACAUUCGAUCAAAGCUGUAAGAGAAAGAACAGAUUCUGAAGAUCAAAUAGUUGAAUAUUUCCUCGAAAGAAUAGGUGAAAUGAGUGAUAAUAACAAUUUAAAUCUUUAUAAAACAACUGUUCGUAAAUUGUUGAAUGAUGAGUUUUCUUUUCUUCGAAUCUCAAAUCAAACAAAUAAAAAAGAAUUAUUGAUUAAAUCAAUGAUUUUACAUACAAUAGCCAUACAUUCAUCAACCUCACAAUCUUUUUCGCCUCUUUCAUACUAUUUACAAAGAUUAGAGAAUUGCAAAAAUGAUUUUAUCAUGACUUGUCCAUCAGAUAUCCAAUCAGUCAUUAUUAAUGCGGUGGUUAAUACAGGCGAUUGUGGAAGAGCUUACGAAGAAAGUAAUUGUCCCCAGUGUAAUAAUAAAAUUGGUGGUUUAGAUCAUGUAUCUGCUCCUGGCAACAUAAAAAUAGAUUCAAAUCCUAUAACAAGAAGUUUAGAAAUCAAUAAUGAAACUGGAUAUAUAAUGGAACCACCAAAUAAUGAUAUGGAUCACAAUUCAACAAAAAUUAGAAAUGCGAGUGAAAGAGAACAAUUGGAAAAAGAAUUUCACCUAAAAUAUUUUGAGCCACAAUUUACAAAUUUUUAUGAUACUAUAAAUAAUUUUCGUACUAAAUUAAAUCAAAUUGAAGCUGAUUCUAAAGGAAUAACAUCAAAUUUGGUUGAAAGUGAAAUAGAUGAAACUGUAAAAACAGAUGAGACGGAUGAGCACUAUAAAAAAUAUUCUAAAGAUUAUUUACCAAAAUUAUGGAGGGUAACUGGUGAUACUAGUUAUGAUAAUUUAAAGGCUUUUUUUAAUAAUAGUAAUUCAAUGAAUCAAUCACAAUAUUUAUUUUUAUCAAUUUAUUUUAAUCAUGAUGAUAAGUUAAAAUAUAUUAAACAUCUUGAACCAAUUUUAAAAUUUGUCAAGAUAUUAGCAGAUCGUCUUGAAUAUCGUUUGUUAAGAGAGGAAGCUCAAAAAAUGACAUUCAAAGAAUUUAUUGAUAAAGAAACUAAUCAUCAAAAAUCUGGAGAAAACUAUGAAUAUUUAAUGACAAGUUUUAAAGAAUUUUCAAAAGCAUGGAAUUUUAUUAUCGACAAAGUAAAUCAAUUUCAAUGCCAUGAACUUCCAAGCUCAAGACCAAAAAUAGAUCUUAGUUGUCCAAUAAUAUUUGGAUUGGUCGAAUCUGAAGAUACGGGAAUAUAUAUUUGUGCUAUCAUUGAUUAUUUGAUUGGAUUACAAAACAAUUUUCUAAAAGAAGUAAAUGGAAUUCCUAUUAAAAACUGUUCAUCUCUAAAAAUUUUAAAGUUAGGUCCAUUAAAACACAUGGAAUCGAUGAAACUUGAAAAUAUGAAAAGCAACAAUUAUAUUAAUUUUGAUUGGGAUGAUGAAUUACUUCAAUAUAGUCAAAUAAAUUUGAAAGAAGGUCAUGGAAAGGAUAUUAUAUAUGACCUUUUAAAGAUCGAAGAUGUUAAAAAUCUGAUAAAACAAAGUCCGAUUCCUAAUUCGAAAUUUCAACGAUAUGAUAUUAAUUCAUUAACAUUUGAUAGUGCGUCUGAGAUUCUUUCAUCCUUAGAAAUAUUAUUGUGUUUUAUUAAAAGAACUGCAACCAAAGAUGGUAAUAUGUUAAUUAAGGAAUUUGUCGAAAAUUGGAUGAAACUUUCAAGUUUAUUAGAAAACAAAACUUUUUCAAAAUUAUUGAAAAGUGAAUUGCGUUUAAGACAUGUAAUAGCACUAUAUGAGUUGAUUGAAGAACAAGUAUCAAUUAAAAUGGUUCAAUAUAUUGAUAAUAAAUAUAAAGUUCCUAUUGAUGAAGAGACUAAAGAAAUCAUUAUUAAAUUUGUUAAAUUUGAUCAGUUUAGCAUCCAAGAAAAAAAGAUACCAGCAGAAGAUUUCAUUAUAGCAUUAAGGAGAUUUAUGUAUAGAACCCUAUUAGGUGAAUUAAAUAAUGAAAAUGAAAAUUUAGUGUAUUAUUUCACAGAAAUAUCAUUAAAUUUAUGGCCAAAUCAUAUUAAAGAAGAAUUGAUUUCAGAAUUAUUUCCUGAUGAAUUUUUGAUGUGUAAUAUUUAUUGUAUAUAUGAAUAUAUUAUAAAUGAAUUCGAGAUGUAUAAUAAGAAAACUUCACAAAACCACUAUAGCCGCAGUAAUCAUAUGUCUUCAUAUAAACAAGAAUUAGUGGAUUGUGAAGAAGAUAAAACUCGUUCAAAUUGGCUGAUUGGUAUAAAUGCAAUUUGA